AUGGAAAAGGAUCAUGCUAACCGAUCUAGGCCUCUUACCUUUAGUCUAUCAAAAUUUGAUGAUUGGAAAGUAAGGAUGCAGGCACAUUUCUCGGCGAUCCAUGAUGAAAUGUGGGAUGUCAUAUGCACAGGACCCAUCACAGUGAUGAUGGUGAACACCAAUGCUGCUGCACAAGGAGCUGGUGCAGAACCCAUGAUACCGAAACCAAAGGCUCAACUCAACUCUGAUGAGAAAGCGCGAGCUAACUUGGACAACGUUGCUCGAGAUAUCCUCUACAAAUCUCUGGACGAUUCCAUGUUUCUGAGAGUUCGCAAAUGCACAACAGCAAUGAAAAUCUGGAACGUUCUUAUGAACUUGGGAGAAGGAGAUGAGCAAGAAAAGGACAACAAACUCACUGUUGCCAUGAAAAAGUUUGAAGACUUCAAGAUGAUGCCUAACGAAGCUAUCACUGACAUGGAGCUCAGGUUCACAAAGUUUCUAGGUGAUCUUUCAGACCUCGGAAAAGAGCUCACUGAAAAAGAGAAGAAUUUGAAGAUUCUUCGAGGUCUCCCGAAAUCAUGGGACAUGAAAGUCACCGCAAUGAGAGAUCAUCGCGAUAUGAAAACCACGAGCACAAGAAAAAUCUUUAGUGAUCUGAAAGCUUAUGAGUUCGAGCACGAACAAAAGGAGUUGGAAGAAACCGAGAUCAGAAACGUGGCUUUGGUGGCCAACCAACAACCCUCGACGUCAAAUAGGUCAACCUCUAACUCUUCAAAUUUUUUAUCUGACGAGCAAUAUGCCAUGUUUGUUAGGAAAAUGAAAAGAUUCAUACGGAAAAACAACUUCCAAGACUUUCAAAGAUCAUCAAGCCGAAGUCAACAUGAAAGAUCUCAGCUUCCACCAAGACAAGAAACAGUGGAUUCCCAAAUGCUGUGCUACAAUUGUCGAAAGCCUGGACAUUUUAAGGCAAAUUACCCACAUCCAAUGGUUAGCAAACAUCAGGACUCUGGCACGACAAAAGAAACUGGCGAAUCCAUCAAAAGGAAUGACAAACCAGAAUCAUCGAACUCCAGAAACGAAAGAAGGAGAAAAACAAUGGUCGUAAAUGAAGCGACCGAAAACAAUGAAUCCGAAAGCAGUUCCUCAAGCUCAAGCUCGGAUGAUGACAGUGCUGAAGAAGAAAAGGGACUGUUGUGUCUAUUCAGCGAGGAAGAAGAAUCAAGUGAAGUGUGUCUUAUGGCACAAGAUGAAGAGGUAGACUCUCAAUCCUCUUCCUUUCUUUCAUUAGAAAUGAACUCAUCAAAUGAUCAAAACUCCAAUGGAUCUGUCAGUGAUAUGAUGAGGAGAUUUGCUAUCAUAAAUAGCACAUACUUAGAAUUGAAAGAAGAGAACUCUCGACUAUUGAUCAGCCACAAUGAGCUAAGGCGAGUUCGAAUAGAGAACGUAAAGCUAGCCAUUGUAAAGGAUCAGCUCGAAAAGCAAGUUCUAUCUCUCAAAGAGCAGUGCAUAGAAAGAGAAAAGCGGGAGCAACAUUUGCGUGAGGUUCUUGAAUCAUUUAAUAAUUCGUCCAAACUGAUGGACCGAAUGGUAAAUGGUUCAAAACCGCCUGGGGAAAGAACCGGAAUUGGUUAUGACCUCGGCUCCUCUUCACAUGUCACUUAA